AUGGAGAAGCCUGCAGGCAGAAAAAAGAAGACGCCCACCCCAAGGGAGGAGGCAGAUGUGCAGAAGAGCGCGCUCAGAGAGGAGAAGGUGUCCGGGGACAGAAAGCCACCUGAGAGGCCCAUUGUGCCCAGGAAGCCCCCCACACAGCCCUGCCUGAGUCCUGAAGACGAAGAGCACAUCUUUGAUGCCUUCGACGCUUCAUUUAAAGAUGACUUUGAGGUUCCCGUGUUCAUUCCUUUUCAGAGGAAGAAACUGUAUGAGUGCAGUGAGUGUGGGUGGAUCUUUAAGCACAAGACCCACAUUCGCCAUCAGAGGGUCCACACCGGAGAGAAGCCCUUCAAGUGUGCACAGUGCGGGAAGGCCUUCCGGCACAGCUCUGACGUCACCAAACACCAGAGGACUCACACGGGGGAGAGGCCCUUCAAAUGCGGAGAGUGCGGGAAAGCCUUUAACUGCGGCUGCAAUCUCCUGAAACAUCAGAAGACGCACACCAGGGAGAAGCCCUACGAAUGCACGGACUGUGGGAAAGCCUUUGCCUACAGCUCCUGUCUCCUCCGCCAUCGGAAACGCCACCCUCGGAAGAAGCCCUGAGCUGGGGCCGUCUGCGGACUCGGGCCCUGCAGUGCAAGCCUCGCCGGACACCUGUUCCGUGGCUCCCUCGUGUUCAGUGUCUGAUGGGGGCACAGGGCCGUGUGCACUGUGUUCCGUGCCCUGGGGACCCCCGGAAAAUCAGCCCAGUCAGAUAUGAGAACGUGCCAAGGAGUGAGAGACCUUCCCACUGCAGAGAAUCUCUUUGAUCAAGACACUGCAGCAAUGUAGAAGCCACCAGAGGCUCCUUGCAGCCAUGGACUAUUUUCCCAGUUCCUUGAUGGCUCACAGGGCUCAGCACCAGAGACCAGGGUGUAUUCACUGCCAUCCAUUGGAUGUGUUUGGGUCACCUCAGAGCACCCAGCGGGAGAGGCUCCUGGUGUGGUGGGCAGCCCAGCACUUCCCGCUGACACCUGCCUGUGACACCUGCUUAAGCCUUUCAUCUGCCGCUGAAGGUCCCAGUCUGGACUCUCUGCCCUCUGGGUCCCCGAGCUCUGCAGCGAGCCCUGGGACCACUCGUCCCUGCCCAGCCAGCUUCAGUGCCUGGGGCCUCUGUGCCCCAACUGUGCUUGGUCCUCUGGCUUCUCUCCUCCUGCUGGAGCACCAGUCCCUGAGCUCAGACCCCCGUUCCCGGUACUGGGCCACACCACGCGCCGUCUUGGCCCAGCCUUCCUUCCAGGGAGGCGGCCUGACUUAACCUGGAUGGACUUGGGACAAAGGUUCUUCAGGACCUUGGACACCACCACCUGCUGAGCUUCCCGCCUCAGCCACGCGGUGGGGCCCCUGGGGUGCCCUCGGCAGCUUCAGUCCAGCCUGCAUCUGCCUCUCGGCCUUCUAACAUGGGCGGUGGGCCCCAGCCCCACAGACCAGCCCAGCAUUCAGGGCCAAUAGGAUGGACCCCCAGGUGUGGAAUGACAUCUCACCAAACGCCAGCCCCAGGUCAUGCCCACGGAGACACCUGCAGAAGCGCGGCUGGCAGGACCGCCUCGGCCUCUCUAGCAGCAGGCAGGCUAGUAAAGCAGAUCACCCCCAAAGCAGGAAGGUCUAGAUGAAAUAUGCAUACGAAGCAACCUCAAAACUAACAAAAAAGAUUCGCACAUUCCUCAGUUAGAGAAGAAGCAGAGAUAAAGAAAAGGAGAAGAAAAGCGCUGGAAAGAGAAGAAAAGGAACCUCCUUCUGUGCAGCAGGCUCCUGGCCCAGGGAGGGUGGUGUGCAGCAGAGUGCGUGCAGGGAAGCACCCUGUGAAGUCAUGCAGUGAAGCACCCUGUGAAGUUGUGCGGGGAAGCACCCUCUGAAGUCAUGCAGUGAAGCACCCUGUGAAGUCGUGCGGGGAAGCACCCUCUGAAGUCGUGCGGGGAAGCACCCUCUGAAGUCGUGCGGGGAAGCACCCUCUGAAGUCGUGCAGUGAAGCACCCUCUGAAGUCGUGCGGGGAAGCACCCUGUGAAGUCGUGCAGUGAAGCACCCUCUGAAGUCGUGCGGGGAAGCACCCUGUGAAGUCGUGCAGUGAAGCACCCUCUGAAGUCGUGCGGGGAAGCACCCUCUGAAGUCGUGCAGUGAAGCACCCUGUGAAGUCGUGCAGGGAAGCACCCUCUGAAGUCGUGCAGUGAAGCACCCUGUGAAGUCGUGCGGGGAAGCACCCUCUGAAGUCGUGCGGGGAAGCACCCUCUGAAGUCGUGCAGUGAAGCACCCUCUGAAGUCGUGCGGGGAAGCACCCUGUGAAGUCGUGCGGGGAAGCACCCUCUGAAGUCGUGCGGGGAAGCACCCUGUGAAGUCGUGCGGGGAAGCACCCUGUGAAGUCGUGCGGGGAAGCGCCCUCUGAAGUCGUGCAGUGAAGCACCCUGUGAAGUCGUGCGGGGAAGCACCCUCUGAAGUCGUGCGGGGAAGCACCCUCUGAAGUCGUGCAGUGAAGCACCCUCUGAAGUCGUGUGGGGAAGCACCCUGUGAAGUCGUGCAGUGAAGCACCCUGUGAAGUCGUGCGGGGAAGCACCCUGUGAAGUCGUGCGGGGAAGCACCCUCUGAAGUCGUGCAGGGAAGCACCCUGUGAAGUCGUGCAGGGAAGCACCCUGUGAAGUGCGGGGAAGCACCCUCUGAAGUCGUGCAGGGAAGCACCCUCUGAAGUCGUGCAGGGAAGCACCCUGUGAAGUCGUGCGGGGAAGCACCCUCUCAAAUCGUGCGGGGAAGCACCCUGUGAAGUGCGGGGAAGCACCCUCUGAAGUAGUGCGGGGAAGCACCCUCUGAAGUCGUGCGGGGAAGCACCUUCUGAAAUGUCUAGAAAUAGCUCCCAGGCUUUCACUUGGUUCCCAAACUUCUUCAAAGGUGAAAGCCAUCGCAGUGGGCAACUUUACACCAGUGACCCCAGUGUUCACUGUCCUCAGGCCACUGCAGAGCCACCCUAGUGGGGCAGUGGGCGUGGAGCGGGGGCUCCUGACUCCGGUGAGGCCACCCUGGAGGGGAGUCCCAGGAAUCAGCCUGAUGUUCAGAACCUUCCUGGCAUCCCAGAAGUGUACUGGGGGAGACGUGAGGACCUUUCAGCCAAGUGUCAGCGUUCUCAUUGCAGGAGAACAUUAAAGCCACAACCCAGAAACUUCUCAGGAGCAUGGCACACCCACACCAGCCCCAGGCUCCGCCUGGACAGCACCUCCUGGGCCUCCCUGACCAGCAGGCACCAUCCCUCCAGCCUCUCUUGGCCACCCGGACGAGCGGGCACCACCCUCCCAGCCUCACGCGGCCACCCUGACCAGCAGGCACCAUCCUUCCAGCCUUGCUCAGCCACCCUGACCCAGAGGGCUGCCUUGACCAGCGGGCACCGUCCUCCCAGCCCCACUCAGCUGCCCUGACCAGCAGGCACCAUCCUCCCAGCCUCACUCGGCCAGCCGAGCUCUGUGGGCCUCAGAGUGCAGAGAACCUCGAAUGUUGUGACUUUGCUCUGCUGCAGGGACCUGCCAUGGAGUGUCCCUUGUGCGAGCAUUUUGAGAGCUAUGCCGGCAUCCGUCCCCGCAGGCCCCAUCCCUGAGCCAUUUCUCAGGAGAGCAGGAAGGGAGCAGGGGGAGGGGCGCUCCCAGCCAGCCCCGGGACCAGAGGUCUGGGGGCACAGCCGGCCAGCCCUCCUCGUCUGGGCCUCUGUUUCCUCUUUGACACAGGGAAGCAGGUAGGGGCCAAUCAGCAACUUAGGCCUGUUGGCUGUGGUGGGGUCCACCUGCGUUUCUGGGGAGCCCACGGACCCUGGGGUGUACCUGGGUUUCAUUCCCAGUGACCUCUCCUAUUGGUCCCCAUUUGGGCACUGAGAUGUGAUCGUUUCUUUCCUGUGAAUGAGCUGACAUAAAAACGUGCUGUGGAGGAAGAUGGGUAGGCCUUGGGGGCAGCGAGCGGCGCCUCUGCACCGGGAGAAAGGCGGUGUCCCCAGAGCUGAGGCGGUGGUGGGCAGGGCUCCUGUGCAGCCGGAGCAGGGCAGGGUGUCUCUGAGGUCAGUGAGGAACAGCUGAGGCCCAGGGACGCCGGGAGGAUGGGGUGAACUCCUGGAUGAUGGGGUGAACUCCAGGAUGGGACCAGCAGGGAGCCUCAUGCUUACAGAGCCUGGUGUCCGCACUCUCCUGGUUUCCUCCGCAGACCUAGCCACGUGGUCAGGGAGCCCGGGCCGAGCAGACGGCCCCCACCUUGACAGAAUCCCGAGAGUCGUGCGUGGCGGUGGGGGCUACUUCACAGCCGAGACUGGGCCUAACGCUGGUGUCCCGCAGUCACCCCUGCAGGCGGCUCAGGGCAGGGCUCCGGCCUGACGGGGGUUCCUGCACACGCCUCUGAGCCGGCAGCCCCUACCCGCACCCCUGCACCUUCCAUGCCCAUCUCCGGCAGCCCCUACCUGCACCCCUGCACCUCCCACGCCCGUCUCCGGCAGCCCCUGCCCACACCUGCACCCCUGCACCUCCCACGCCCGUCUCCGGCAGCCCCUGCCCACACCUGCACCCCUGCACCUCCCACGCCCGUCUCCGGCAGCCCCUGCCCGCACCCGCAUCCCUGCACCUCCCAUGCCCGUCUCCAGCAGCCACUACCCGCACCCGCACCCCUGCACCUUCCACGCCCGUCUUGCCCUGGGGCCCAGGUGCAGGUUUGUGAGGAGGGCAGCACCGUGCUCCCGUGGCCACCGCUCAACCAAGUGGAUUCAGCGAGGGUUUUCAGUGUUUGCGCCUGUGUCCCUGUGUGCUUGUUUCCUGGUGAGGCUGGACGCCUGGCAUGUCCGAACACUCACAUUCCCCAGGCAUGCAUGUGCAGCUGCCGCCACCCAUGUACUGUGGCACUGACCCCUCCUGUAACAGCUGUGGUCUUGGCCUCUCGUGUUGGUGGCAGAUGUCCCAUUUCCCACUGUUACUUUCUGUUGUCCAAAAUUUAACUGUCCUGCCAGGCAAAGCUGCUGAGCAUUACUCUGAUAGACCAUCAGUCCUUGGUAAGUGUCCUGUGCAUCUGGGAUAAGCAUCCGUUUGUUUUCAGCUGCGCUUUCUGUGACUUGCUCUGCAUGUGUCCUCGGUCCACGUGGGCCGCUGCGCUGGUUCCGAGCCUGCCCGACACGCUCGCUGCGACGCCUCCUUUCCCUGUUGCUUGCUGGCUUCUGUGUUCUGUGCAGUAAACAUUGAUUUCUGA